AUGGCGAUUCAAUUCUUCAUAUGUUUGAAUAAACAGGGUAUCUUACGGCUAGUCAGAUGGUUUCAGCCGUUUUCGGGUGCUGCUCCUAACAACCAGGCCACUAUUGCACAAAUUUACAAACUCAUAUCAACCCGAGACCAUAAACACCAGAGUAACUUUGUGGAAUUUUCGGACUCUACCAAGCUUGUGUACAAGAGGUACGCUGGACUGUACUUUUUAAUGGGCGUGGAUUUGCAUGACGAGGAACUGAUCUACCUGUCACACAUACAUCUUUUCGUGGAGGUGCUAGACGCAUUUUUUGGCAACGUCUGCGAACUAGACAUAAUAUUCAACUUUUACAAAGCUUACAUGAUACUAGACGAGCUGAUAAUCGGGGGUGAAAUUCAGGAGACCUCGAAAGACGUGCUACUUGAAAGAGUGAAUUACUUAGACAGACUAGAUUAG